AAAAUGAACAAAGAGGGUCGUUGUAGUAUAGUGGUGAGUAUUCCCGCCUGUCACGCGGGCGACCCGGGUUCGAUCCCCGGCAACGGCGACGUUUUUUGUUUCGAAAUUUCUUCUUUUUGGAAAAAUAGAAGUGAAACGGUAGCGUAUUGCACACUCCUCCUCCUGUGCAUAACCGUACUGUUCUGUUCGUUUCACUUUAAGCCAUUUUCCCACGCAUUUUCCUACGAAGCAGAGGAGAAAGAACAAACUCUUCACUCCACAGCCCGAUCAAAUUUUUUCAGUUCAUCAAUCAAAUUAAAGAUCAUCUCCAAUCACGAUGACCACCACCAUCCACAUCUCCGCCCUCGACGGUAUCAUCAAUGUGAACUCCCUCUUCACUUUCGCCGUCUUCGUCGGUCUAGCCUGGAGCCCAACCGAUCCUAACAGCUCCCUUGUCAACGAUCCCACCUCCCCUUGCGCCGCCGGCCCUUCCAUUGUUGAGAACAUUGUCUCCUUUCAUGUUUUCUCCUUCAGCUCCUUCCUCUUCUCCAGCUUGAUCGCUCUCGCGCUGAAGCAAGCUCUUCGGAUUUCCAAAACCUCCGGUUCUCGCGCUCAUUCCAAUCACUUAGCCGAGUUCUUCGUGCUCGUGAACAAGAAUUCGUUUCGGGACGGGAUGCUAGCUUCGGGUGUUGGGUCGGUUGUUGGGAGCGUGUUCUUGAUGCUGGCGUUGAUUAAUGUGGUUCAGUUCAAGCUCGGAACUUUGGCUUGUGGAAGUGGGGAUAGUUUCGCUGCUGUUGUGCCUCUUGUGAUUUUUGUCUCUAGUGCUCUCUUGAUUUAUUCGUGUAUCGUUUUGUAUGCUUUUUUUGGUUGCUAAUCUUUAUUUUUUAGAACGAUUUGCGUCUUGCGAGGUGUGAUUGAGGUAUUUGUAGGUAAUUUAAUAACAUAUAUAUGAGUUUGUAUGUCUUUUAUGAUGAUGUUAAUGGUCGUCUGAAAUUGAAAAUGGAAGUGCUUUUACUUCCCUGUAACAAUUUGGAAAGGAAAAAAAAAUACUCUGUUUUUG